AUGUCGGACCCAGACUCCUUGACCAACUGCCGCUUCUAUGAGGAAAAAUACCCCGAAAUCGAAAGUUUCGUGAUGGUAAAUGUAAAACAGAUAGCAGAGAUGGGAGCCUACGUCAAACUAUUAGAAUACGACAACAUUGAUGGCAUGAUCCUACUUUCAGAACUGUCGCGAAGACGUAUUAGAUCGAUACAAAAACUGAUCAGAAUCGGUCGCAAUGAGGUAGUGGUCGUGCUGAGAGUGGAUAAAGAGAAGGGAUACAUCGAUCUGUCCAAGCGAAGAGUCUCCGCCGAAGACAUCGUCCGAUGCGAAGAACGAUACAACAAGAGCAAAUCCGUGCACUCUAUCUUCCGACACGUCGCAGAGAAGACCAAGAUGCCUAUUCUGAAGCUGUACGAAAACAUCGGCUGGCCACUCAACAAAAAGUACGUGCAUGCCAACGACGCCUUCAAGCUAUCAAUCACAAAUCCCGAGGUGUGGAAUGAUGUAACAUUCCCAAAUGAAGUCGUCAAGGAGGAACUUAUUUCAUACAUCAGCAAGAAAUUGACACCCCAUCCAACAAAAGUACGUGCCGACGUUGAAGUAACAUGCUUCAAGUACGAUGGCAUCGACGCAGUCAAGGAGGCGCUGAGAAAAGCAGAGGCGAAGAACACUCCUGACACGCAGGUCAAGGUCAAGCUGGUGUCACCCCCUCACUACGUCCUGACGAGUCAGUGCUUGGACAAAGCAAUGGGCAUCCAACUACUCGAGCAAGCAAUCAAGGACAUUGACGAGAGCAUCAAGGAAGCUGGGGGUGGAUGUGUUGUGAAGAUGGCUCCUAAGGCUGUGACAGAGCACGAUGACGCCGAGCUCCAGGCACUGAUGGACAAGAGAGCCAAGGAGAACGAGGAAGUCAGUGGUGACGAAGAUGUCAGCGAGAGUGACGAGGGCCCGGAGGUCGCAUAA